CCCCAGUACAUUGACAAUAUUCUGAUGGAUAACAGCUAUAUUUCUCAAGAUCAGUGCAUCCUUCAGGUUUUCUUCUUCACAUCUUUGGGCUGGUCUGAGUUGGCCAUUCUCACUGUGAUGUCUUAUGACCGCUAUGCAGCCAUCUGCUUCCCACUGCACUACGAGAUCAUCAUGAAUCCUAGUAAGUGUCAGGGGGCUGUGAUAGCCGUAUGGCUAAGUGGAUGCAUCUCUGGAAUCUUGUAUACAACAACCACAUUCUCCAUCACAUUCUGUAAGGCUAAAAUAAUCCACCAGUUCUUCUGUGACAUUCCCCAGUUGUUAAAACUCUCCUGUUCCAAUGAUUACCUUGGAGUGAUUGGGGUGGCAGCUUUCAUAUCUGUGCUGGGACUCAUCUGCUUCACCUCCAUUGUCCUCUCCUAUAUCCACAUCUUCUCCACAGUACUAAGAAUAUCCUCUGCUGAGGGCAGAUCCAAAGCCUUCUCUACCUGCCUGCCCCACCUCUUUGUUGUCUCAUUUUAUAUCUCCACAGGAACAUUUGCAUUUCUAAAACCAACUUCAGAUUCUCCAACUGCUUUUGAUCUUAUGAUUUCUAUCUUUUAUACAGUCUUUCCCCCAACCCUCAACCCUAUUAUUUACAGUCUGAGGAACGAGGCCAUGAAGGCAGCUUUCAGAAAGCUGCUGUUGGGUGGACAAUUCACCAGGAAGCAAACAUUUUUGUCCUGGUGUUGA